CCGGGUCUGGCAGGCGGGCCGCGGCGACUGCAGACGGCGGACUGGCGGAUUGGAGGACUGGCGGGCACCUCCACUUCGCUCUCUCCCUCACUGCCGGCUUCCUUUUGUCUUUCUGGGAGGAGAUGAGCGCAGGGCCGGCGCGGCGGCUGCGGGCGCACGGAGGCCCGCGCUCCUAGGCACCCUUUCCGGCCUCGGCGCGCUCGCCCCUCGCAGCGGCCCGCGCCCGCCCCAGCGCCGGUGGCUCGGAACUUGGGCUCGGGGAGCCGGAGGAUCGCGUCCUGCGACGGAGCAGGGCAUGGUCUAGCAGCCCGGGCCAGGACGUGGAACCGGCCUCCGAGGUUCUGAUCCCUGUUCUCUCUCCGCCUCUACUUGGCCUUGGGUGUCGCCGCCGGCCGCCAUGGGCAAGCAGAACAGCAAGCUGCGGCCCGAGGUGCUGCAGGACCUGCGGGAGAACACGGAGUUCACGGACCACGAGCUGCAGGAGUGGUACAAGGGCUUCCUCAAGGACUGCCCCACCGGCCACCUGACCGUGGACGAGUUCAAGAAGAUCUACGCCAACUUCUUCCCCUACGGCGACGCUUCCAAGUUCGCAGAGCACGUCUUCCGCACCUUCGACACCAACGGCGACGGCACCAUCGACUUCCGGGAGUUCAUCAUCGCGCUGAGCGUGACCUCGCGGGGCAAGCUGGAGCAGAAGCUCAAGUGGGCCUUCAGCAUGUACGACCUGGACGGCAACGGCUACAUCAGCCGCAGCGAGAUGCUGGAGAUCGUGCAGGCUAUUUACAAGAUGGUGUCCUCCGUGAUGAGGAUGCCCGAGGAUGAGUCCACGCCGGAGAAACGGACGGACAAGAUCUUCAGGCAGAUGGACACCAACAAUGACGGCAAAUUGUCCCUGGAAGAAUUCAUUAAAGGUGCCAAGAGCGACCCAUCCAUCGUCCGGUUGUUACAGUGUGACCCCAGCAGCGCCAGUCAGUUCUAAGGGGUCGGCGUCUGGACAGUGCAGAGAAACACAGGCUUGUCUUGCCGUUUAAGCUUUGCUUGCAAAAGUGGAUGCCUCUUCAAUCAUUCCUGGCCUCCUCCCGCCCCCUCCCCAGUCCCUCCAGGGCGAACUCCCUGGCAUGUGGUUACUCCCAGGGCUCACGGUGUCCUCGCUUCUGGGGCACCUCCCCGCCCGCAGGGAGCCCAGAGGACACCCCGAGGAUCCCGGUGGGACUUUCUAAGAUGGCGCCAAGGCCAGCUGAUUGAUUUUGUGAUCGCAGGUGACUCUGUGGGGAAAAUGGGGUCAAGAACAGAGGGAGAGUAGACGGGCAAGCCCUCCCCGUGCAUGGCUCCACCCAGCUCGUUCGUUUUCUCUGACCAAAGCCGCUUGCACGUAUAUAUACUGUGGUCUCCUUUUAAUAUAUAAGUUAUGCGUAUGGUGAAGUGAAAUGUAAUGUGUGGGUCCCGUAUUUAAUGCCUCGAUUGCCUUUGAAGCGUGGUUCCCUCGUGGCCUGUGAUCCCUCCGAGCCUGGUUAUUUUGUGGUAUUUAUGCCCUCAACUUGCCCUUUUCAAAAGGACAUGCAUGCGUGCCCAGGGCCGUGGAGACCCUCCCGUCCGCGCAGUGAACGCAGCAUCUCUGUAAGGUUUGUCCUCCCUGUUGAUUGGUCUGGCAUUUCCUGUAUUAAAAUGAUCAAAUAAACGACAUUGUCUG